AUAGAAAUGCAAACUCAAAAUCAUAAUGAUAAUGAUCGGACAAAUUUUGAAAAUAUUGAAAAUACUUUUAAAUAUUAAGAUGAAGAAAAGUUAAAAAAUGAGUUUGAUUUACUAACUUAGCAGUUAUAAGGAGCAAGAAAAAAUUUGUAAGAAAAAUAUUAAAAAGAUUCUUAAAAAGAAUAGAAUCAAGCAACUGAUGAAACUUAUUUAUCUAAAACAAUGGAAGACACUGGCUAGUUAAAUAGUAUUGAUAUAAACAUUUCUUAUUAUGAAAGUAAGUAAAUUGAAAAGCUUUUGACAGACUUACUAGAAAAAACAAAUUAUUUAAAGCAAAAAUUAAUUAUUUACACCAAGCAAGAAAAUUUAGAGAGAUAAUAUGAUUUAUUAUCAGAUUAAUUAUCUCAUGAAAGAUUAUAAUCUCCAAAAGAUUUAAAUAAAAUCAAUUCUAUAAAAGAUUAAUUAAGAUAACUAAAAAAAAAAUUAAAGGAGAAUUGUGAUAAACUUUGUGCUGAUAUUGAUAAAAUGUUGAAGCCAUUAUAGGAUGAGUUUGAUGAUGAUGUUUAAGUUAUUUACGCAUCAGAAAAUUGAAAUUUAUUAUAAUUUAUAAUCAAUCCAUUGGUAAAU